CCCAGUUCUCUUACCUCGAUGGUGUAUGUGCGUGCAACUGCAAUUGCGUAAAGGCCAAGGCGUAAUCUUGCAUUUUGAGUUACAUACGUUCAACUUACAGAUGUGGGCAACUACGCAGUUAGUUCCUAAACUCUUUGUGAAUUUACCAGGUGCGUGUUAUUAAAAGGCGAGCCAAAAUGGCAGAUGUAACUUCUGUUCUUGGAAGCAUCAGUCAGAAGUUCCUUGAGUGCCCCAUAUGCCAUGGGAGAUACCAGCAACCGAAAAUCCUCGACUGCCUGCACACCUUCUGCCAAGAAUGCCUGGUAACAUUACAGCAAUUUUCAUCAGAGCAUCGGUCAAGGAGCUUCAUUCAAUGCCCAGUCUGCAAUCAGAAGUCCAAACUCCCUGAGCAGGGCAUUGGCAAGUUGAAAACUAAUUUCCACCUUGUUGGCCUUAUUGAAGAGAUCUCUGUGCAUGAACAGGUAGCACAGAGUGAACAGAACAAAAAGGGGCAUAUCUGUGGGUGUUGUGAUGAGGAGGAGGCCGUCUCAAAAUGUAUCAACUGUAUCCAGAAUCUUUGCCUAAAGUGCCAGAUAGUGCCCCAACACGUUGCGGCUAUACUAGCGAAACACACGGAAGCAUCACUGGAUGAUCUCAGUUUCGGUAAGAUUGCUCACAGAUUUAGGAAGCAGAGAGAAGCAGCUGAGUGCCCACUGCACUCUGGUGAGGAGAAAAAAUUCUGUGAAACCUGCGAAGAACUGGUCUGCCAACACUGCCCUUGUGAUUGCGAGAAAAGCGAAAGUGGCAGCACGUGUCAUUUGAAAAUUGACUUGAAAUCAGCCGCCUCAGAUGGAAGAAAGUUGUUCAGAGAGAUGUUGGAAAAACUCCAGAUCACCCUCUCUGAAUUUAAAUCCACUUUAGAUGCUGUUAAAAAGAAGAGGCCAGAAUGUGGUGGAUACCUUGAUGGUGUCAAGAAACAAGUGCAGGAGCAUGCUAGCAAAGUUCAUGCAGAGGUUUCUGCUGAAGAAUCACAUCUUGUCUUUCAACUGUCCAAAAUUCGAAGGAACCAACAGGAAACCCUUAUCAAAAGAGGUACAGCCAUAGAGUCUGCAAUAGAAAAGAUGAGUACUACCAAAGAAGUAGCAGAUGCUUUUUGUGAAACUUCAGAAGAUCAGGAUUUCCUGGCGGUGUUCCCUCUCAUCAGACAAGCUUUAGAGGCUCAUUUGAGCAGAAAAACAUCUGACAUCCAUAAAGGGCUACCUCUCUGGGAUUUCCGAAAAAGGGAAGGAAAAUGUGAGAUUGGUACUUUAGUGAAAACGGGAAUGAACACAUUUCUACCACACGAAUUGCAUGACCAAGCAUUCUCAGGUUUAUUUAUCAUUUAG